AUGUUAUUUCUUUUUCUUUCAUUUUUUCUUUUUUCUUUCAUUCAUUCAAUCUUUUCUGUCAUUCAUUCUUUCAUUCCUUCAUUCAUUCUUCCUUUCUGUCUUUUAUUUUUUCAUUCAUUCUUUUAUUCACUCAUUCUUUCUUACAUCCUUUUUUUCGGUCUUUCGUUCUUUCUUUCAUUGAUUGAUUCAUUUUAUUUUUUUAAUCAUACUUUCAAUAUCAUAUGCUGCUUUUCUGAUUCAUUCAUUCUUCUUUCUAUAAAUCAUUCAUUAUUUUUUCAUUCUUUAAGUAAUUCUUUCAUCCAUCAAUUCAUUUUUCUUUCAUUCAAUUAUUCAUUCAUUAUUUCUGUCUUUCUGCCAUUUUUUUCUUUCAUUCACUUUUCUUUUUUCAUUCACUUAUUCAAUCUUUCAUUCAUUCAUUCAUUCUUUAUUUCAUUUUUUCAUUCAUUCCUUCUUUCUUUAAUUCAUUUAUUCAUUCUUUCAUUCAUUCUUUCUUUCAUACAUUGUUUCUUCUUUUAUUUACUCAUUCAUUCUUUCAUUCAUUCAUUCUUUCUUGUUUACUUUCAAUCAUUACUUCUUCCUUUAAUUCAUUCAUUCAUUCUUUCAUUCAUACUUUCUUUCAUUCAUUAUUUCUGUCUUUCUGCCAUUCUUUUCUUUUAUUCUUUCAUUCAUUCUUUCUUUCAUUCAUUCUUUCUAUUUUCAUUCACUUAUUCAAUGUUUCAUUCAUUCAUUCAUUUUUUCAUUCAUUCUUUCUUUAAUUCUUUCUUUCAUUCAUUCUUUCUUUCAUUCAUUCUUUCUUCUUUCAUUCACUUAUUCAAUCUUUCAUUAAUUCAUUCAUUCUUUAUUUUAUUCUUUCUUUCAUUCAUUCCUUCUUUCUUUAAUUUAUUUAUUCAUUCUUUCAUUCAUUCUUUCAUUCAUUCUUUCAUUCAUAUAUUUUUCUUCUUUCAUUUACUCAUUGAUUCAUUCAUUCUUUCUGGCUUGCUUUCAAUCAUUCCCUUUUUUUUUAGUUCAUUCAUUCUUUCUUUCAUUCUUUCUUUCAUUCAUUCUUUCUUUCAUUCCUUCUUUCUUUCAUUCUUUCUUUCAUUCAUACCUUCUUUCAUUCAUUCUCUUUUUUUUGAUCUAUCUAUCUAUCUAUCUAUCUAUCUAUCUAUCUAUCUAUCUCGGGCGAUCUCAAAAAUGCCAUUAUAUCACACUCUCUCCCUUUCUCUCUCUCUCUUUCUCUCUCUCUCUCGUUCUCUCUCUCUCUCUCUUUCUCUCUCUCUCUCUUACAUCUACACCCCCUCUCCAUAUGUAAGAAUCUUCCAACGUGCCACCAUGUACCUAUCUCCACACAACCCCGUUUCACUUCGCAAGACGCUUUGUCUUUCGGAAAUGACGUCCGCCUAA